AUGGCUCCGGCAACUCCUCCUCGAUCGAGGAACAGACGUGCUGGGAAAUCAGUAAUGCUCGAGCCUCCAAGACCCGAAAUGUUUCCCAUGUCCCCACAACGCCAACCGCAUCUAACGGCCCCUGUGACACCCGGAAGCGUGGGAACCAAACCUAACAUGUCGCAUUUCAACAGACUGAGGUCACCGUUGCAUCGGUCGCCCGCCAGAGGGCUCAGAACGCCGGAAUACACGCCCAUGAAGCCCUCGGAAAGUGUGAGGAAGAAAUUGGAUUUUGGCGAGGAAACUGAGGAUUUGCAAAGCGUCGGAAGAGUCUUGUUUCCUGAAACCAGUGAUGCUAAUCCGCAACGCUCGCAAAACGGUUUUCUAGCCCCUGGGCCAGCAUCUCGAUUGCUACAAGGGGCACCAGGGCUUCUGCCGCCAAGCUCAACUUCUAAGGCUUUUUCCUUUAUCCUGGAAGACCAAGUCGAUGAUGAAAGACCCAUUUCAAAUGUAGAUACCAUUGAUUGGGAUUCUGAUUCCUUGCUUCAUGCCAGAAAAGUGGCCAAACAAACACCUAGUACACCCAGUGAUAGGAUUGUGACUUUUGAGCUGGCCAAGGAUUGGAACAAUAACUCGCAAUCGUGUUUCUCCUCUGACGAAGAAGUUGAAGAAACAAGUAUAACACAGAAAUCGCUAGAAAACCCGUUUGUGGACAGCUCCGUUCCUAGUGAAGAGACCAGAAGACGACGCAAAGAACUGCUGAUAGCUGAACAUCCAGGUAUAGAAGAUACAAUUCAAUACGUUGACAAAAAUGGAAAGGUGGUCAAGGAAAGGCAUUUGACCGCAGAGGAGCAGCAAAGAUUUCGACCUAGAAAGUUAUUUGCGGAAGAACUGGCAAGGAACUCUAAGGAUUGA